AUGGUGUUCACGAACGGAAACAUUGCACGCUCAAAGAAAAGGCUCGUGGAAGACCUGAUGAAUGAAGAAGAACACGAGCCUUCUCUUUUAACGUGCGAUGUUUCCGUUCGUGAACACCAUUUUGGGAUGAGUUGUACGGAACCGUCAACUGAUGACUGA